AUGGCUUCGUUCUGCGCGGCCCCUUCCUCCGCCGCCCUCCUCCACUGUAGUUUCCACGUGGGGAGGCGGCGUUUGUCAUGGAAGGGCUCCGGCGCCGGCAGCGGUCGCCGGAAGGUGGGCGCCGCCACGUCGACCGUGCGAGCAAAGCAGGGGGGGAGCGCGCUGCAGUAUAAGAAGCUCGGGGACUCCGACCUCACCAUUAGCGAAAUCAUGCUUGGAACGGUACGAUUUUGCAGCUUGAAUUGGAGGAACUCGGGUUUUCGUGAUGCAUCCGUUUUUUUUUUUUCUUGUUCUUUUUGAUAUACCGGUGACCGAAGUCUGGUUCGUCGGAUUUUCUGGAUUUAUAUCUCCGUAUUGUGAAAUGGAAGAUCUCCUCGACCAUCCGUUUCCUCUCUGGUAGACAUAUCCUGCACUAUUCGACGCUCUUUUUUUUUUCUCUCGUGCGUUGCAGUUGAUCGAUUUUGUGUGUCCCUCAGAUGACAUUUGGAGAGCAGAACACGGAGAAGGAGGCCCACGAUAUGCUUAGCUACGCUUUUGAAAAUGGAAUCAACUCCAUCGACACCUCAGAGGCUGUAAGUUCGAGCCGUCCACCGUAGCUUCUAGUUUCACCCCGUUACUAUUUCCCAUAAUGUGUGAAACGAGGCCUUUGUUACCUCUAGCUCAGCUCAAUUUCUCUGGGUUGAGCUUCUUCCACGUCCGUCAUCAAGUUCUGUUGAUUGUGCUUCAUUGCCCUUCGUUCCUGCAACUGUCCUUCGUUUAUCGGCAAGGAUGUGGGCAACCGUGGCCCUUCAGCUUGUAUAAGAUGAUACCUUCAACGUGCCAAACUCCUGAGAUUCCAAGCUAAAUGUAGCUGUGUCGACCAUAUCUGCAACCACGAAGGCCAUUGACCAUAAUCUCUUUUGAGUUCAAAUCUUUUGGUCGAAAUUCUGAUGUCUCAUUGCCUCGUGGAAGCUUGUCUGUUGAAGCAUAAUCAUUAGAUAGCAAAAUGCCGACAGUGAGUAGUUCUCCCAGAUAUUAUAGCCAAUGAUUCAUGCCAAAUAUCUGCAGUACCCAAUUCCAAUGAAGAAAGAGACGCAAGGAAGAACAGAUCUCUAUAUCGGUAGGUGGAUGAAGUCCAUUCCCCGUGACAAGGUACGAGCAAUUCGAAUUUCACGCUUGUCUAGAUUUUAUUUUCAUCGUCCCUCCGGUUUCCAAAACCACAUUAGAUUUUAUCCAUCUUCUUUCUGUUCAUGCCGCGUACAGGUUAUCUUGGCAACAAAGGUCUGCGGAUACUCAGAGCGAGCGUCCUACUGUCGUGAUAAUGCCAAAGUGUUGAGAGUCGAUGCUGUUAACAUUAAAGAGAGUGUAGAGAAGAGCCUCAAGAGGCUCGACACGGAUUACAUUGAUUUAUUGCAAAUACACUGGUCAGUAUGCUUGCCUGGUCAUUUUAUUUGGCAAGACUCAAUCAAGUCUUACCAUUUCAUAUCUUCCCUUCAGACUAUAUGAUCUCAUAAAUAUGCGCCUAGGAAGUAAAAGCAUGCUCUCUGAUUGAUUCGUCUCGCAUUAUCUUUGAGCCACGAGUUCGUCUAUUUCAAUGCCAUUCUGCAAGAUUCGUCUUUUUUUCAUACUUCCCUUGAGCGAAGCAAUCUCAUCAUCAGUGUGACCCCUCUUCUGUUCCAAUCUUAUUUUUUGUUCUUUAUCCGGUGGAAAGAAACGGGAUCAAGAAUAUUCAUCUCGCAUAAACUCGAUCGAGUUGAAAUUUUCCCUCAGGCCAGAUCGUUACGUGCCAUUGUUCGGUGAAUUUUCGUACAAUGCUUCGAAGUGGAGGGAGAGCAUUCCCUUUAAUGAGCAACUCAGGGCCUUUCAGGAGCUUAUUGCAGAGGGAAAGGUCAGAUUUCAUGAACUUGAACCAUCGAAAGAACUGUUCUUUCUAAAUCUAGUAAUCGGAUGGCUUACCUUCCUAUACCCAUCUUGGCCUUCGAUUCCAGGUACGCUACAUUGGUGUCUCCAACGAGACUUCGUUUGGGGUGAUGGAAUUCGUCCAUGCUGCCAAGAAUGAAGGGCUGCCGAAGAUCGUCAGCAUUCAGAACAACUACAACCUGCUUGCUAGGUGCCCAUUUGAAGGUACACGGAACCCUCCGGCAUCAUAAGAUUCGACUUCAACUCUACCUCUUAGUUCACGUCGUGCCAUCCUCCCUCCCACUGCUCGCAUGGAUAUAAUCCCCCACACCUGCUAUUCAUCAACAGUUGAUCUCGUCGAAGUGUGCCAUCCAAAGAACUACAACAUCGGAUUGCUCGCCUACUCCCCACUGGCCGGGGGGACUCUCAGCGGGAAGUAUCUGGACAUAAACUAUGAGGCCACACAGAGGUGCCGACUCAACCUCUUUCCGGGAUAUAUGGAGAGGUACAACAAAUCCUUGGCCAAGGUAUGCUCCUCCUCCCUAGUUGACAGGCAUUUUUAUUAAAUAUAUUUCGGACGACAGCUGCCUAGUUUUCAAUAGAUGAGCCGUAGAUUGUCUGCUCAUCAAAAGUCAAAGCCAGCGGGUACAAGUCAAAAUAGGAUAAAGUAAACACACUGUAACCUUGGGCUUAUUUCCAAGCCCUGAACCCCUAACUCCUGCUGUCAGGACAUCCAGCUCAAGGAUGGGGCCGUCUUGAAUAAGACGCUUCUUUCUAGCUUAGGGAGAAAGAAUGGCGGAUAUGGGGCCAUCCAUGACGAGAUGCUUCUAUUUCAGGAAACGACUGGCCUGUACUUUCAGCUGGCCAAGGAGCAUGGGUUGACCCUCGUCCAGCUAGCCCUCGGCUUUACCCGAGACAGCCCGCACGUGGCCAGCUCUAUCAUCGGCGCCACCUCUGUUGGCCAGCUCAAGGAAGACAUCGAUGCCUUUCUCUCGUCCCCACGCCCGCUUCCACCCGAGGUUCGUGAGGGCAUCGAAGGCAUCUUCAAGAGAUACAAAGACCCAGCUUUUUUCUGA